ACGGAUACUCAUACACUCUCUAGUCUGCUGCAGCUGGUUCCAACAUGUAUCAUCGUCUUUUCCUCGCUGGCUGUCAUCUCUGCAGAGUGCGGUCGACAAGACCGCAGACGCCACUUCAACCGGUUCUCGAGCGAGGUUGUUGUUCACGGCGAAAGCCAGGCGGACCUAGAUAUCGAUGGCUCCAACCCUAACCGGCUGAUAAAACCGAGACGUACCUUUUCAUUAGCGAUUCUUCGCUGCGUCGGAGCAUUUGCACAGAUCGGUCUUUUCGUCUACCUUGCUACCCAAAAAUUGGAUGAUUUGGGCAACUCUGGACCUGGACCUGGGCUCCCUCCACCGAGAAAUCUUACUCAUAGCAACAUGGGACCAAAGCUUCUGGGCAGAGAGAUCAAUGAAGAGUGGCCACUCUGGCUUCCUGUCAUGCAUGGGAUCAUUUGGGUGUACGCAUCGAUUCUAUCUGUCGUGUCAUUACUCCAUCCCCGACUUUCCAAUCCCUACCGUCUCACGACACAUCUGGACAUCAUCUACCUCACCACUGCAGGAGGUGGGCUGAUACACUUUUUGUACAACAACUUUGGGCGGCCUAUCGGGCUCUGGACCCUGGAUGAUCAGGUUUCAGGAUUGUCGGCCCUGGUUUCUGGGAGCAUGUUGACUCUCACUCUGGCUACGAAGCCGCUUGUCUCGCCACAGCCAUUUAAGGGACCCGAGAAAAGAUCCCGAGGGGUAAUAUCUCCAGAGACGCGCUCAUCCCUUUAUGCCAGAAUCGCAUUCACUUGGUUACAUCCUAUGGUGAUCAAGUCCUUCAGAAGUAAGCUGCAGGAGACGGAUGUCUGGGCCAUCGACAAGAGUUUGAGGAUCAAGACCAAUUUCCAACAUUAUCUCGAAAACAGAAGGCCCACAGUUUUUGUUACCAUGCUCUAUUUGUUCCGCCUCGACCUGGCGCAGCAAUAUGUUUGGGCGCUUGCAUGGACAGGACUGAGCAUGGUGGCUCCCUUCGUGGUAUUCAAGCUGCUUGAAUUUGCACAAGACAUAUCGACCUACAAUCGCAACGAAGCGAUGUUUUACAUCGCUGUUUUACUGGUAUCCAUCGUUGUGCGCUCAGCAGUGCUGCAGCGUGGUCUACAUAUGGGGCAGCGCAUCGGAACAAAAGCAAUGGGCAUGGCAAGCGGAUUGAUCUACGAAAAGAUGUCCCUGCGUAAGGACAUGGACCCUGUCGACUAUGACAUUACAGAUUUGAUGGGCGUGGAUGUGAAGCAUAUCGGACACGGUUGGAGGCAUGGAUUCUAUUUGAUGAUCUAUCCAACCAUGUUCAUCCUCGCGACUAUUCAACUGUACGGGUAUAUUGGACAUUCUGCCUGGGCUGGCGGAUUAGCUGUCAUCGCUUGGUACCCGAUCUCGGCUCUGGCCAGCUUUCUCUUCUCAGGACGCUUCGACGCUGCGCCACCCAAGAUGGAGCGAAGUGGAGCUCUCGUAUCUGACUUCUUGGCGAACCUGAAGGCUAUAAAGUAUCUUGGCUGGGAGGAGAUUCUGUUAAGCAAGGUCUUGAAGGCGCGCGAGGAAGAGCGGAAGCUUAAUUCCAAGACAUCCCAGCCCGUGAUGGCCUUGAUUUCUGUGCCUCUGGGCGGAGAUCUUAUCCAUGCAUUUGUCGUAAUCAUCAUCCUUAGCGUAUUUUCACUCUAUUUCCAUCAGCUUCUGACCCCUGCGCUCCUGUUCACCAUCUUGAUCCUGGUCGACAUACAGACGAGUGCUAUCAACUCGUUACCUGCGGUCAUUAUUACGCUCAAGGAAAUGCUGGAUUCAGUGGUCAGGGUCAAUGAUUUCCUGGGCGAUGACGAGAAUGAGCGCGACACAGCAGUUAUCAGGGACAGGGAAAUGGCGAGGAGGGCCAACAUCCCCAUUAUUGGUUUCGUUAACGCAACAUUCGUCUGGCCUGUGGCAAAACCUCCUCGUCACAGUAACGAACUUAUUUUUGUCGAAGAACCCGAGGAUAGUGACGAUUGCGAGGAUGGCGAUCGACAGACUCCAAGCAACAAGAAGUUGCCCGAAAAUUCUCGUCAGAAUGCAAGCCAAGCCAAGACAAAUUGGAUCGUCAGGACGUUGUCGCUCUUUGGAUACUCGCUCCCUAUUCAGCCGGCUCCCUACCUGCCGCCGAACGCGCAUCAGAAAUACGGCACAGGUCUUGGUUCAGCCACAGCGUCUGAGGGGGAGUUUGUGCUUAAGAAUCUCAAUUUAUCAUUCCCGCCUGGACAGGUCUCCUUGGUCACUGGUACUAGACGGUCGGGCAAAUCGGCACUGUUGCUGGCGUUGAUUGGCGAAAUGACACGCGUCUCUGGAAAGAUUUACCUCCCCCGAAAGGACUACUACCAUGGCAAACAGGGAUACGGCAGCGAUAUUGCCUAUGUGGCGCAGGAUCCCUGGCUGGAGAUCGGAGGAAGCGGUAGUAUCACUGGAGGCAGUACAGGUCGCAGCACAAUCCGGGACACGGUUUUGUUCGGAACACCCAUGGACGAAGAGCGCUAUAAUGAGGUCUUGAGGGCCUGUGUACUCGAGGAUGAACUGAAAGGCUUGUCCAAGGGCGAUAUGACCAUCAUUGGAGACAAACGUGUGAUCUGGUCCAUGUCAUUGAAGCAGCGCAUUUCUUUGGCGCGCGCUAUCUAUUCUGACGUUUCACAUAUCCUUAUGGACGACUGCCUGAGCUUCGUGGAUCUCAAGAGUCGUCAUUUCAUCUGGAAGAACUGCAUAUUAGGACCCCUUACGCAAAACAAGACGAGGAUUCUUGUCAGUAACCAGUUUCAUGUCAAGACGUACUUGAACGAUGUGGAUUUUGUUGUUGGGCUGGAUCAAGGCAUUGUCUUGGGUCACGGAUCUGUCAGGGAUGUCCUUAGUCAAGGCUGGAUUCGACAGGCACCCGGCUCGACUUCAAUCCCCACAACUAUCGUUCCUGGUGCCAGCGUUCCUGCAAACAUGGGUUUGCUUCCUCCCAGGAUGGACCAACCUCAGCAAAUACUAGCAGAUUCUACCCCGUUCAACGCACACGCAGGGGACCUUCGACCCUCCAAGAGCACUAAUCUUCCACUGAACAAAAUGAGCAGCCUAAGCGACUAUGAUGAUCUGGAUUCAACGUUGAGUCGCGAGACCGCAGCGGGAUUCAAGGUUGGCUGGACGACCUUUGGCACAUACAUAUUUUCCCUGGGCACAGUCCUGUUCCUCUUGAGCGCCUUCAUGAGUUUGUUUUUGAGCCAGGCGCUUUUUGUGGUCCGCAUUGGAUGGUUAGGUAUCUGGGCUGAGAAUGAGGCAUGGGAUGGCGGCGUGCCACUGCAAACCACGAUUCAUGAACGCCGAUAUCGGAAUAUCCCCUCAGAUGAUGCCCCUACACAACCAACGAUCACGCACUACGACUAUAUCAUGAUUUUCGCAGCCCUGGCGGGAGCUCGUGCGCUGUUUGUCAUUGCGAACGCCUUCUUUUUGAGAUCUGGGGCUUCUAAAGGUGCGGACAGAAUUUACGCACGACUUCUCCAGAGUAUCGCAGCGGCUCGUCUCACCGUAUUUGAAGCCCAUUCUGAGAAGGCAGCUACCUCCUUACCCGGAGACUCUGGUGGAUUGUUCUCAAAAGACACCAUCAACGGCCUCAAGGAUUGCUUCCAGAGGGACCUGAGCGGACUGGACGUGAAACUGGCCAAGGAAUUUUGGCAGUUUGCGUCCGACUUUUUGGCGAUGACACUUAUCUUAGUGGUCCUGGCUCUAAUCAUGCCGUUCAUGCUCGUUCCUGCUGGUGCAGUCCUAUUCGUGUUGAGUUCUGUCGCACUUUUGGGACUCGAUCUAUCCAAGGAGAUGCACAGGAUGGCCAUUCGGGCAGAUCGUAUGAACAAGGAUCAGUUCAAGCACACGUUCCGAGGACUGGCAACAAUCCGUGGCUAUGGACUGGAGCGUCGCGCGAUCAAGGCGGGUAUUGCACAGGUGGAGGUUUACUUGAAGACGACCUAUUUCGGGGCAUGCGCAGAUCGCUGGUUGCAUUGGAAGGUCGAACUCCUUGGGGCUUUCGUCCCAUUUUCGUGUGCUAUAAUGAUUCUGCAGAAGAUCGAGAAUCUAGAUCCAGUUCUCAUGGGCUUAGCGAUGUACCUGUCUUUGCAGUUCAGCGACAGGGUAUUGGAUUCAUUACUGGGAUAUGGCAGGAUCCGAAACCGGCUGCAAUGGGCACUUGAGAGAACAAGGCGUUACGUCCAGGAGUUGAACAGCAUCGAUAACAAGGAGGCGCCGAAAGUGGUCCCAAGUAAGCAGCCGCCAGCCGGCUGGCCACACAGCGGUGCUAUCGAGUAUGUCCAUUAUGCAAGCAGCCGGUCCGAAGAUUUCCAUGACGUUGGAAUUCUAAACAGGACCAUCAACAAAGCACCGGUUCCGAUACCAGCUCCAGCAUUGGCACCAGCACCGGCCACUGUCGCACCUGGCGUGCAGAUCCUUUCGCGUGAUUUCCCUCAAGAGCAACGACCAGCCCAAAAUCCAAAUUACCAGCAAAACCCUGUUGCUGGUGCUCCUUUGCCCCAAGAUCUCUCACUGUCUACACCCCGCGACAAUGGUAGUGUCCGCACCAACACCACGGUAUCUGCCGUCAACACUGUUGCCUCUAACACCAGCCAUUUGAGCGCUGCCAGCCGAAGCAGUGCUCUUACCAAUGGAACCAUUGUCGGCAGUCAGAAUCGGUAUUUCUCCACUUCCGAAAACCCGCAUGCCACUCUAAUUCCACUUCCGAGUCCGUCAUCAACCUUCAUGACAAGCACGGCAGCAGUGCCUGAGCCUAGUGCACCUAUGGAUCAGCUCGAAGCCUUGAACCAGACGAGUACUGACAUCCAGACAGAUGUACUUGAAAGCAGGUUUGAGGCACCAUUGCCGCCACUCCCACCAUCAGCGACGAAUGAAUCCUUGUCUUUGAAUAGCAGUGAUAGUCAUGAGCCGGCAGCACAUUCAGUGGCGACGAACGAGGUUGGAUUCGGACCUAUUACCUGCUCGAUCCAGCCUGGUGAGAAGAUUGCGGUUGUAGGACAGUCGAAGAGCGGCAAAAUUAUGUUUAUUCAGAGUUUGUUCCGCAUCUGGGACUCUGCUGAGGAAGAACGCAUCCGAGCAGCUGCAGCGGUCAAUCCUGCUGCGAGCAAGAAGGUCGCUCAAGGUUCUGGUCCUUCAUCAUCAAUAACAUCGACGUCGUAUACAAAAUCACCGCUGGCAUUUUGGUCCAAGGGCAAGGCCAAAUCCUUCCACAAGGAUCCAGUCCCUAAUUUAGGCAUGAUCUUGGUGGAUGGGUUGGAUAUUGCGCAAAUGGGACUCGGGGAUCUCAGGUCUCGCAUUUCGUAUAUGUCUCCGCGUGGAACCGUGCUUGCGGGUACUGUUCGCUUCAACUUGGAUCCACGCGGUGAACACGAGGAUGCAGAGCUAAACGACGUGCUCAAGACGUGUUUCUUGAGCGACCGACUCAAAUUGGACACAGAGCUCAUUACCCCUGCCACUGCCAAUUUGUCUGCCGUCACUGACGCAACCGGACCAACGUCUGCCGCGGCUAAACCGGCCUCAAGGAUCACACGGUACAGGAAGAAGUUUUUUAGGGACAGCCGUGCUACGUCCAACAAAAAGGGUAAAGACAGGUCUAAGGAUUACAAGGCUUCGGCCUCUGCGCCCGCCACGAUUGGGGUCUCCUCGGGGCGCGGUUUGCGAGCUGCGAUUGCGGGCGGCGGAAACGACCUUGCGGAGGUGGAGCAGCGGUUACUGCAAUCUCUGGAGGAAGAAGACGAGAAUAUAAACGGAGAGGGCAUCCAUGGAAACGAUUCGGACGAUGACGAUGAGUAUGAGGAGGAUGAUACACGGAUGGAGCUCGAUACGAACGAACGACAGCUGCUGAGUCUUGCGCGGAUCCUGGUCCAUCGUUCGAAUGUGGUGGUCCUGGAUAACUGUGCAUCCAAGGUGACGGAUCUGACGGCACAGAGGAUCGAUCAAAUUAUUUUGCAGGAGUUGAAGCACGCGACCAUCAUCUCGGUGGGCCACCGGCUGGACCAGAUCGUGGCACGACAUAACAGAAUUUUGGUUCUGGACCACGGCAAGCUCGUUGAGUUCGAUACUCCCAUGGCAUUGCUGAGCAAGCCCAACGGCGCGUUUAGGGCUAUUUGCAAUCCUAACGGUCCCAACUUCUCAUCGCUCGUGUCGCUUGCGAAGAAGCAACAAAUCCAGCUGCAGCAGUAGAAUAACGUAAAAUGAAGAAAGAAAAGAAAAAGGAAUUCAAAAAAAAGCAAUACAAUGU